AUGGCUGCUUGCUGUGCUGCUUGCCGUUCGUGGCUGAGAUGGAGGACGAAGUCGGUGGGGAGUGCUGUGAUAGCCGCUUCCCGCGAAGUAGGCCCUACGGGUCUUCGGUUGAAGGGGCCCGGCUGCCUUCGCCUUAUGCGGUUGAGUUCGACCACAGGCUCUUCUGCCACCACGAUAGCGACGACUGUGGAUGUUGGAAGCAAGAAAUUAGAAAUAUCUUCAGGAAAACUAGCCAGAUUUGCCGAUGGUUGUGCUGUGGUUAAGUUAGGUGAAACAGCAGUGAUGGUGACAGCGGUCAGUAAAACAAAAACUUCUCAAUCUCAGUUCCUGCCUUUGGUGGUUGACUAUCGGCAAAAGGGUGCUGCUGUAGGAAGAAUACCUACCAAUUACUUGAGAAGAGAACUGGGUGUUACAGAUCAUGAAAUUCUUACAAGCAGAUUAAUAGAUCGAUCAAUUCGACCACUUUUUCCAGCAGGCUAUUAUUAUGAUACACAGAUCAUUUGUAAUCUUUUAGCUGUAGAUGAUAGCUACAGUCCUGAGGUGCAGGCAAUUAAUGCAGCUUCCGCAGCUCUUGCAUUAUCAGACAUUCCAUGGAAUGGACCUAUUGGAGCUGUAAGAGUUGGAAUGAUUGAUGGAGAAGUUGUUAUUAAUCCCACUCGAAAAGAAAUGUCUUCUAGUACUUUGAAUUUAGUGGUUUCUGGAGCCCCUCGGAACCAUAUCGUUAUGCUGGAAGCUGCAGCCGACAACAUCCUGCAACAGGAUUUCUGCCAUGCCAUCAAAGUAGGUUUGAAGCAUACUCAGCAGAUUAUUCAAGGCAUACAGCAGCUGGUAAGAGAGAAAGGAGUCAAAAAGAGAACUGACCAGAAGUUAUUCACUACCCCUGAAGAGAUUGUGAAAUAUGCACAACAACUUGCAUCUGAAAAAGUCACAGCAGUAUUUUCAGACUUCACACAUGAUAAAAUUUCAAGAGAUGAAGCUAUCAACAAAAUCAGGCUUGAAACAGAAGAACAGUUAAAAGAAAAGUUUCCGGGAGCUGAUUCUUAUGAAAUCACGGAAUCAUUUAAUGUUGUUGCCAAGGAAAUCUUUAGAAAUCUUAUCAUCAAUGAAUACCGAAGAUGUGAUGGUAGAGAUUUCAAUACACUGAGAAAUAUCACUUGUGAAGUGGACUUGUUUAAAACUUUGCAUGGUUCAGCUUUAUUUCAAAGGGGACAAACACAGGUCCUCUGCACAGUCACAUUUGAUUCAUUAGAAUCAAGUAUUAAAUCUGAUCUUAUCACAACAGUAGCCAGUGGAAUAAAAGAAAAAAACUUUAUGCUUCAUUAUGAGUUCCCUCCAUAUGCAACUAAUGAGAUUGGCAGAGUUUCAGGUUCAAAUAGGAGAGAACUUGGUCAUGGUGCACUUGCAGAGAAGGCUUUGAAACCGGUGAUUCCAAAUAAAUUUCCUUUCACAAUAAGAGUUACUUCAGAAGUAUUAGAAUCAAAUGGGUCAUCAUCAAUGGCUUCUGCUUGUGGUGGGAGUCUAGCCUUGAUGGAUGCAGGAGUUCCCAUAUCAUCUCCUGUAGCAGGUGUUGCUAUUGGUUUGAUUACCAAGCCAAAUCCUGAAAAAGUUGGAGACAUUGAAAAUUAUUGCCUAUUAACAGACAUUCUGGGAAUAGAGGAUUAUAAUGGUGAUAUGGACUUCAAGAUGGCUGGGACAAAUAAAGGAAUCACUGCCUUACAGGCUGAUAUCAAGAUACCAGGAAUACCCUUAAAAAUUGUAAUGGAAGCUAUUCAACAAGCUACAGUUGCAAAGAAAGAGAUCUUGCAAAUAAUGAGCAAAGUAAUUGCAAAACCUAGACCAAGCAGAAAAGAGAAUGGACCACUUGUAGAAAAUAUUCAGGUACCAGCAACAAAAAGAGCAAGAUUUCUUGGACCAGGAGGUUAUAAUUUAAAGAAACUUCUAGCUGAAACAGGGGUAACUGUUAGCCAAGUAGAUGAAGAUACUUUUUCCAUAUUUGCUCCAGUACCGGAAGCUAUGUAUGAAGCAAAAGAAUUUAUUAAUGAAAUAUGCAAAGAUGAUCAAGACUAUCAGUUGGAAUUUGGAGCUAUAUAUACAGCAACAAUAACUGAAUUAAGAGAUGCUGGUGUGAUGGUAAAAUUAUAUCCAAACAUGACUCCUGUUCUACUUCACAACUCGCAGUUGGAUCAAAGAAAGAUUAAGCAUCCUAGUGCUAUUGGAUUACAAAUUGGUCAAGAAAUCCAGGUGAAGUACUUUGGACGUGAUCCAACUGAUGGAAGAAUGAGGCUUUCACGAAAAGUACUUCAGAGUCCAGCUACAUCUGUUGUUAAAACACUGAGUGAGAAAAGAAGUAUAGGAAAUGCAGUUCAUGAGUCUGCGAAUUCAGCAUAGUACAAGAACCCCUUUGAUAGAGACUGAGUAAUUAUUGGUAAUAUAUACAGGUUUCUAUAUACAUGUUAAAUUUCAUAAAAAUACGAUUGAAUAACAGCUAAUUUUUCCUUGUGUUUAAUGCCUUUGGAGUUAUUUUG